CAACAAAUAAUAAGAAAAGUGCGUAUAAAUCGAGUAAUCCUCGCCGUGUAUUCAACGAAAAAAGAAAAAAUGGAGUUAUUCACAAGAAGUUCCGCCGUUAGAUUACGGAGCUGCCACGAGAAAUACCUCUUCGCCGUUGACGACGAAAAAGCCGUCCGUCAAAGCUCUGACGGGACGUCACGGCAAUCGGUAUGGACGGUGGAGAUGGUGCCACGUAAGCCCGAUUUCAUCCGUCUCAAGAGCUGUUACGGCAAGUAUUUAACGGCGAGCGAGUCGUCGUUUCUUCUUGGUAUGACCGGCGAGAAAGUCAUCCAAACGCCGCCGUUUCGUCAGGCGGAGCACGAGAGCGACUGGGAGCCGAUCAGAGACGGCUUGCCGGUCAAACUCAUGUCGUGGAACGGGAAAUAUUUGCGCGGGAACGGUGGAUCGCCGUCGUGGAAAAACUCCGUCACGCACGACCGUGAGCCGUCCACGUCAACGACGAAGAAAUGGAUCUUGUGGACCGUGGAGGUCGUUGAGAAUCCGGAGAAGGUGUCGUUCGCUGAUCGUUUUUCGUCGCCGGCUUCGAGUUUUAAAUCUUCUGUCUCCGAUGAGUCAACUCACGAUUCACCGGUUAAAAAGUUACAGACUUUCGGAUCUUUCGAAUCUAUCGGGUCGGAUCCUGGGUCAAUGGCAUCGGUUUCUUCUUCGAAGCUUAUGUUUACUCCGUCAUUGUCGGGGACAUUGUCCCCAAAACCAAUAGAGGUUUGUCUCAAUUCACACAUUUUCAUGAAACAUGUAAUUAAGAAUUUUUUUUUUUUCCGGGAAAAUGCGACGGGGCAUAAGGUGGUGCAGUCGAGGAGGAUUCGAACCGGUGAACCGGCGGGAGAGUGGGAACCGGUUAAAGAAGGAUUAAGGGUGAAGCUGAGGAGUAGAAACGGCGGGAAUUAUUUGAGAGCCAAUGGGGGAGUGCCACCUUGGAGGAACUCGGUUACGCAUGAUUCACCGAACCGGAGUGCUACGCAGAGUUGGGUGGUUUGGGAUGUUGAUGUGGUCGAGAUUAUGGAGCGUUCCCAUGGGACCGGUUAA